AUGGAUAAUGAACUUGAAUUAUUGUCAAGUAUUACUGGCCGAAUGUUAUUAUCUAUGCCUCGUUUACGUUAUUUACCGGUCUUUUCAAAAACAUUUAAAUUAUUGGAUGAUAAUAUAGAAAAAGUUUUUAUUUAUAUAAAUAGAAUAGUUUAUGAAAGAAUUAAUAAAAUAAAAUUUGGAGAAAAUGAAGAACCAAAGGAUUUACUUGAUUAUUUUUUAAAACAAUCAGAUGAAGCAAAAAAUGCUAAUUGGUCUGACGAAAAAAAGGAAAACUUUGAUUUGAAGAAUUUGGCACCUUUUUCAUUUGAUUUAUUCAUUGCUGGACAGGAAACAACAGCAAAAACACUUGGUUUUCUAGUUUUAUAUUUGUUACUAGAUCAGCGCGUUCAGAAGAAAUUGCAUGAAGAAUUAGACAAUUUAAGAGGAGAAAAAAUUAAAAAUGGUCUUGAUGAUUAUUUUACAAUGAGUGAUAGAACCAAAUUACCUUAUUUAAAUGCUGUCAUAAAUGAAACUCAACGUUUGGCAAAUUUACUUCCAAUAAAUCUUGCCCACCGUACAAUGAGUGAUGCAAAUAUAUUAAAUAAAUUCAAUCUUAAAAAAGGCACUCCAAUAGUUCCACAAAUUUGUUGUGUUCUUUUUGACGAAAAAAUAUUUCCACGUCCUUAUAGAUUUGAGCCUGAACGAUUUCUAGAUGAUCAGGGUAUGCUAAAACGUGUAGAGCAAUUAAUUCCAUUUGGUAUUGGUAAAAGUUAUACUUAA